CAGAAACAUACAGUCUCCGUCAAUGCUCCUCCCACGUCCUCCACACUUUGGAAGAGGAAUAUGGAUUGUCAGACACCGCCCCCGAUAUCUGACACCUGGAGGACAGCCGGAGACAACCAUCAUGCAGCCUCCACGAUUCCACUUGUGCCGAGGAAUGUCCCUUCGUGCAGCGUCGGUGCGAAGGAAGGACGAUCAACAAUUUUGGGAUUGGAAGUGGAAGCUUCAGAGCUCAAACAUUUUAUCUUCUUCUUCUCUUGCGAGGUUCUGCCCUACUCAGCGUCCAAGGUUCUUGCUCACAUUACUCUCAGUCUGCAGCUACCUUGCAGUUUACCACAUCUUCGAUACCCCGCAAUAUUGACCCUGUAGGACCCCAGACACGUUGUUGCGCGAGAGCUUGUCAACCACAAUGGCUGCCAGCACGAGAAGCGCUCAACACGCUUUGAGAGCUCUGAGAGCUUCCUCAACCCGAUCCUAUUCCUCCUUCGUCUGCCGGGCUUACUCCUCCGCCGCUGAGCCCGAGCUAAAGACCACACUAGAGUCGGUCAUUCCUGAGAAGCGAGAACUGCUGAAGCAGGUCAAGAGCCAUGCAGACAAGAAGAUCGGAGACAUCAAUGUGGGCAUGGUUAUUGGUGGUAUGAGGACCAUGAAAUCUAUGGUCUGGGAAGGCAGUGUCUUGGACGCCAAUGAAGGAAUUCGUUUCCACGGCAAGACGAUCGCAGACUGCCAAAAAGAACUCCCAAAGGGCACAUCCGGCACUGAGAUGUUGCCUGAAGCCAUGUUCUGGCUGCUUCUGACAGGACAAGUCCCGUCAGUUUCUCAAGUCCGCGCCCUUUCGCGUGAACUUGCCGAGAAGUCGGAGCUGCCUACUCAUGUCACAAACAUGCUCAGAGCCUUCGACAAGAACGUUCACCCUAUGACACAGCUGUCAUGCGCUGUUGCUGCUCUCAACUCCGAGUCGCUCUUUGCGAAGAAGUAUGCUGAAGGUCUGAACAAGGCUGCAUACUGGGAACCCACCUUUGAAGACAGCAUCAACCUUCUGGCCAAACUGCCUCGUGUGGCCGCCGCCAUUUUUGACAAGGCUGCUCUCGACAUGCCCAUCGACAAGGACCAAGAUUGGGCAUACAACUUCGCUAAGCUCCUAGGCAAGCCCGGAAAGGACAAUGAAGGAUUCCAAGACCUGCUACGUCUGUAUCUUGCCCUUCACGGUGAUCAUGAGGGUGGCAACGUCUCUGCACAUGCCACUCAUCUGGUCGGAUCUGCUCUUUCUGAUCCAUAUCUAUCCUAUGCUGCUGGUCUGCUGGGUCUGGCCGGUCCUCUACACGGUCUCGCUGCACAGGAAGUCCUCCGAUGGAUCUUGAAAAUGAAGGACACAAUCGGCGAAAACUUUUCAGACAAGGACGUCAGUGAAUAUCUGUGGGCCACCCUCAAGUCUGGUCAGGUCGUUCCUGGUUACGGACAUGGGGUGCUCCGCAAGCCUGAUCCUCGCUUCAAAGCUCUCAUCGAUUUCGGCGAUGCUCGCCCAGACAUUGCCAACAACCCUGUCUACCGCCUGGUCAAGAAGAACAGUGAGAUUGCACCAGGAGUCUUGACCGAACACGGAAAGACCAAGAACCCCCAUCCCAACGUCGACAGUGCUUCUGGUGUCCUCUUCCACCACUACGGAUUCCAAGAUCCUCUAUACUAUACAGUGACCUUCGGUGUCAGCAGAGGUCUAGGUCCUUUGGCUCAAUUGAUUUGGGAUCGUGCCUUGGGUAUGCCAAUUGAGCGACCGAAGAGCAUUGAUCUUCAAGGGCUGCUCAAAUUGGUCUAGACCUUGAAAUUUGUAUGGCUUUUGUACAUAUUUGGUGGGAGUUGUCACUGGGCUGAAAAGCAAUAGAUCUCCAAUUGAUGUUCCACAAUAUCAUUGACUCGUGAUUGUUGCCUCUACUAAGCCCUAGUAUCGCCAUGCACGGUAGAUUGCUCCGUCUUGGGCUUUUUUCUUCCUAUGAGACCCCACAAAUUCCAAAAUCCUCGAUAGGGAUACCCUCGGUAGGGUUUGUCGCCGAAGAAUGGUCUUUCGUGCUCUGACAGAACACCAGCAUGCACCAAUCGGUCGAUGGACGGGUCGAUUGUGACACCGUG